GCGGUGUGCUCAUUGCGGGGCAGCAGGAUGCAGAGCGCUGCCUGUGUUUUCCCGCAGGGUCCCUGAAGGGACAGCUGUUGAGAGGCUGUUUCCGGAGAAUAAGAACUAGGAGUGACGGCACCUGACUGGGGCUGCCCUCCAGCGCUGCACAGCCAAGGAAACUACUUCCAGGCGUUAUGACGGUGGAGAAAGACCCCGAAGACGAGGAGAAUAUCAUUAGAGAUCCCUGCGAAGCGUGGCCCAGCGUGUGAGGGACUGAGGCCCACCCUAGGAGUCGGCUGAGCGCUUGCUUUGCGAGCUGCUGCAGUGAUUUGUAACUUAACACGGAGUUGUUGCUGUUAGCAAGAAGUGAAAUCCUGCCUAUGAUGAACUGUUGGUUGUCUUGUGCUCCUAGGAACAGACAUGUGGCAGAUUGGAAUAAAUAUGAUGACCGAUUGAUGAAAGCUGCAGAAAGAGGGGAUGUGGAAAAAGUGACCUCCAUCCUUGCCAAGAAAGGAGUCAACCCAGGCAAACUAGAUGUGGAAGGCAGAUCUGCCUUUCAUGUUGUGGCUUCAAAGGGGAAUCUUGAGUGUUUGAAUGCCAUCCUCAUUCAUGGAAUCGAUGUUACAACCAGCGACUCUGUAGGGAGAAAUGCGCUUCACCUGGCUGCCAAGUAUGGACAUGCACUGUGCCUACAAAAACUUUUGCAGUAUAAUUGCCCCACUGAACAUGUGGACCUGCAUGGAAGGACUGCACUUCAUGAUGCAGCCAUGGCGGACUGUCCUUCCAGCAUCCAGCUGCUCUGUGACCACGGGGCCUCUGUGAAUGCCAGAGACAUAGAUGGGCGGACACCGCUCGUUCUGGCUACUCAGAUGUGCAGGCCAACAAUAUGUCAACUGCUGAUAGAUAGAGGGGCGGAUAUCAACUCCAGAGACAAACAAAACAGCCCACUCUUCCUUGGAGCAGCCUCCGCUCUUCCCCAGAGGCCGGAAGAAGGAAGGCAGGAAGUAGAGAAAGGGGAUGAGUACAGAGCAAAAAGCAGUGAUCUGGGGAGAGAACUUUGGAAGAAAGGACCAUCUUUGCAACAGCGGAGUAUGACACACGUGCAAGAUGAAGUCAACAUGAAAUCCAGUCAGCGGGAGCAUCAAAACAUUCAGGUAAAGAGGAAAAACAAUUGGUUGGUCAGGUUUAAAGAAGUAAUGGUUGCUGAUGAUCUGGAAAGUGAGAGAGAAAAGCUGAAGUCCCUUUUGGCAGCUAAAGAAAAGCAACAUGAAGAAAGUUUAAGAACCAUUGAGGCUCUGAAAAAUAGAUUUAAGUAUUUAGAGAGUGACCAUUUGGGACCAGGAAGUCACUUCAGUAACCGAAAAGAAGAUGUGCUCAAACAAAGUCAGAUGUAUAUGAUGGAAUCACAGUGCACUUCUCCUGGAAUGCCAGCCCAUAUGCAGAGCAGGUCUAUGUUAAGACCCCUGGAGGUAUCACUACCCAAUCAAACCUCACACUCAGAAAAUGAGAUUUUAAAGAAAGAGCUAGAAGCAAUGCGAACUUUCUGUGACUCAGCAAAGCAGGACCGGCUCAAGCUCCAAAAUGAGCUAGCUCACAAGGUGGCAGAGUGCAAAGCUUUAGCCUUGGAGUGCGAAAGAGUCAAGGAGGACUCCGAUGAGCAGAUAAAGCAGUUGGAAGAUGCCCUAAAAGACGUGCAGAAGCGGAUGUAUGAAUCAGAAGGCAAAGUGAAGCAAAUGCAGACGCACUUUCUUGCCCUGAAGGAGCACCUGACAAGCGAAGCGGCCACAGGGAACCACAGAGUCAUGGAGGAACUGAAGGACCAGUUGAAAGACAUGAAAGUCAAAUAUGAAGGCGCCUCAGCAGAAGUGGGAAAAUUAAGAAACCAAAUCAAACAAAAUGAGAUGUUAGUGGAAGAGUUUAAGAGGGAUGCAGGCAGGCUGGUAGAAGAAAAUAAGCGACUGCAGAAGGAGUUCAGUAUGUGUGAAAUGGAGCGGGACAAGAAAGGAAGGAGAGUCAUGGAGGUGGAAGGGCAGCUAAAAGAAUUGUCGGGCAAGGCGGCCCUCUCCAUCCCAACAGAAAAAUUUGAGAACAUGAAGAGCUUAUUAUCAAAUGAAGUGAAUGAGAAAGCAAAAAAGCUUGUAGAAAUGGAAAGAGAACAUGAGCGAUCGCUCAGUGAAGCUCGCCAGUUAAAGAGGGAACUGGAGGCCGUCAGGGCCAAGCUCGCCCAGCAAGUCAGCCCAGAGGAGCACGAGCAGCUGAGGGGCAGGCUGGAGCAGAAGUCAGGGGAGCUGGGCAGGAAGGUGGCUGAGCUCACGCUGAGAAACCAGACCCUCCAAAAGGAGACUGAGAAGCUUCAGGUGGACAACAGGCUCCUCGGCCAGCAAGUGCAGAGCCUCACCGUGGAGAUGAAAAAUCACUACGUUCCUUUAAAAGUCAACGAAGAAAUGAAAAAGUCACAUGAUGUUAAUAUUGAUGACUUGAAUAAAAAGCUUUCCGAGGCAACACAGAAAUAUACAGAAAAGAAAUUUGAAGUGGAGAAAUUAUUGAUGGAAAAUGACAGGUUGAGUAAGAACGUUAAUCACCUGGAAACUGUGUUUAUUCCUCCCGAGAAACAUGAAAAAGAGAUAACGGCCCUGAAAUUCAAUAUUGUUGAACUUAAAAAACAGCUAUCUGAACUUAAUAAAAAAUGUGGUGAAGAUCAAGAGAAAAUUCAUGCGCUCACAUUUGAAAACACCAAUUUGAAAAAGACUCUGAGUAACCAGUAUGUGCCCACUAAAACGCAUGAAGAGAUUAAAACUGCGCUAAGCAGCACAUUAGAUAAGACUAACAGAGAACUGUCUGAUGCAAAGAAGAGAUUUGAAGACAUAAACCAGGAAUGUGUUAAAAUAAAAGACGAGAACGAAAUAUUAAAGAGAAGGCUGGAGACCACUCAGAGUCAGAUCAGGGCCAAGUACAUCACCCUGGAGGAGCACGAGGGGAAGACGAGCGCCCUGAGUCAGAGGCUGGCGGAGCUGCAGGAGGCCAGCGCUGCCGCUGUGGCCGACCAUCGCCGGGACCAGGAGGAGAUUGCGUCCCUUCACGCUGAAAUCAAAGCCCAGAAGAAGGAACUUGACACGAUCCAUGAGUGCAUCAAACUCAAAUACGCUCCUAUUAUCAGCUUUGAGGAGUGUGAGCGGAAAUUCAAAGCAACCGAGAAGGAGCUAAAAGAAAAGCUGUCAGAGCAGACACAGAAGUGCAGCAUCAGAGAAGAAGAAGCCAAGAAAAGCAAGCAGGAGAGUGACAAGUUAAAGAGGGAGAUCACUAACCUGCAGAAAGAGUUGAAGGAUAAGGAUGUCCUGUUGGAGAAUGCCCAGGAAACAGAGAGAGUGCUGAGCAGAAAAGCAGAAGAGCUCAACAAGCAGAUGAAAGAUCUGGCACAGAAGUGCGCUGAUGCGCAGGCUGAGAGAGAGAGGCUAGCAGAAGAAAAGGCCAGAGAGACCUCAGAGAUCCUUGCAGCACAGAGUGUGCUGCAGAAACAGCACGUUCCACUGGAGCAGGUGGAGGCCCUGAAAGCAGCUCUAAAUGGCACAAUUGAGAACUUGAAGGAAGAGCUGAAGAACAAGCAGAGGAGCUGUGAGAGAGCACAGCAGACAGUGAGCCAGCUGCAGCAGCUGCUGGAGAAUCAGAAGAACUCUUCUGUGCCCCUGGCGGAGCAUCUGCAGGUCAAGGAGGCAUUUGAGAAGGAGGUUGGUGUCAUGAAGGCUAGCUUGAGGGAAAAGGAAGAAGAAAGUCAGAAUAAAACCCAAGAAGUCUCCAAGCUUCAGACCGAAGUUCAGAAUACUAAACAAGCACUAAAAAAAUUAGAGACCAGAGAGGUAGUUGAUUUGUCUAAAUAUAAAGCAACAAAAAAGGAUUUAGAGACCCAGGUUUCCAACUUAAAUGAAAAAUUGGCCAAUCUGAACAAAAAAUAUGAUGAAGUAUGCGAAGAGGUCUUGCAUGCCAAAAAGAAGAAUUUAUCUACAAAAGAUGAGAAAGAAUCAAUGCAUUUCAGCAUUGAGCAAGAAAUCAAGGACCAGAAAGAACGAUGCGAUAAGUCCUUAACAACAAUCACGGAGUUACAGAGGAGGAUAGAAGAAUCUGCUAAGCAAAUUGAAGCAAAAGAUAAUAAGAUAACGGAGCUGCUCAGUGAUGUAGACAGGCUAAAGCAGGCACUCAAUGGAUUGUCCCAGCUCACAUACACCAGCAGCAGCCCCGCCAAGAGGCAGAGCCAGCUGGUGGACGCCCUGCAGCACCAAGUGAAGGCCUUGCAGCAGCAGCUGGCUGAUGCUGACAGACAGCACCAAGAAGUGAUUGCGAUUUACCGGACACACCUUCUUAGUGCUGCACAGGGUCACAUGGAUGAAGAUGUCCAGGCAGCCUUACUGCAGAUCAUACAGAUGCGGCAGGGGCUGGUGUGCUGACGUCAGCUCCGCCCUGCUCACCUGCUCUGUCCUGCUGGUGCUGAGCAUUCGUUUGCGACUCUGCCACUUCCGGGCCUUACUCUGCUAGUAUAAUUAAAAUAAAAUAUAUUUUGUUCCAUUAAUAGUUUUUUUUCCAAUUAGAUGAGUGUGUUACUGAGUUUUUCAGUAUCAGUUCAAAUCUUAUGUUAUUCUAUACAUGUUGAUUUUAUAGCUAGGGAAAUCAACUAACACCUUGCUUUGGAUUGACUACAUGUUUUUAAACCUUUGAGUCCCUAAUAAAACAUGCCAUCUGAGUGGGUCUAUGCAAGGAAGGGUCAGGCUGUAAUACCUUCCUUAAUGGUUUAUUUCAGAAAAAUUAAUUGAGUUCGCGGCCAUGUUUAAGUGGAUCGGAAGACCUUUCCAGUCCUCGGCUGAUCCUUGUGCCUAAUGUAGUUCCAAGGAAUGUGUUAGGACUUGGCUGGCCAAGUUGUAUCCUUAUCUGGGGAACUUAAUGCGUGCCUUUGACUUCUUACAAAGGUGCGAGUGUGUGUUCUACUUACACUAAUAAUUUCUAUGCCUUGUAAAGUAGAUUCUUUUCAUCCGUGCAUCGCAGUGCUAAAUUGCAUUUAGGCUAAAAGCAGGCAGGGAUGAAAUAUUUCAGGAAUUUAUAAUGAGAUUGCCUCAUUAUCUCUACAACAGUAUCUUAAUUUUUUACUUUGUGGUGACUUUUCUUGCCACAGUGUUUAGAGAACAAUGAUAAAUGAUAUGCUAGAUUUUUUAAAGUGUCAAACUUGAGAAAUGACUGACAUUUGCUACUAUUGUAAAUCAAGUUCUCACUAUACCUGUAUCUUUGAAAUGUUUCAUACUUAUUUAUAGGAAAGUUAUACUAAUGAGAUUAAUAAUGUAAAAUGCAUUUUUCCUGCAAAAGUAGCAUUAGAGAAUCGAUUUUUGAAAACAGAUCUUGAGGUUUUCAACAGAAGUGCAAUAAUACAGUAAAUUACAAGAGUAUGUAGAUAGCAAGAUGAUACAAAAUUGGACAUGUUUAUAGUACUCUAAUGGAAUCAAUUGUUUUUCUUAACUUCAUCUCAUUAAGGAAAGUUUAUGUCUUGUUACUUUUACUAAUAUUUUGUUUACUAUUCAAACUGAAAAUUACUGAUUUGUUAGGAAUAACUGAACAAAUGGAUCAUUUCAGCUUAAUUUUCUUAAAUUACAAAAUGUGCCUUAACAAUCUCUUUAAAAGCAUCCAAAACCAGGUUUUUAAAUCCCAUAUUUGUAUAAUAGGGGAAAAGAAACAUCAAAAUACUUUUUCACACCAAAGAAUAAGCCAACCUGUUUUCUCAUUGUACAAACAAUAUUGAAAAUGCAGAACUGGACUCAUUUUUAGCAAGGGAAAGAUACAUACAGUUUAUAUAAGCAGUAGCCGAUUUUUAAGUAAUUGUUUUUACUGUGAGUUUCUGGUCACCUGCUGAAGCUCAACAGUGGAGCAGAUUCUAGACUGAGCACUCAUAUUAAGUGUUGUGUUUUCCGUAAUAAGAUGGAAAAGGAACCUUAUGUGUGUUUUAUUUUUUUUUCAACCAUCAAUAAAACGUUUUCUGUAGAA